CACUUUGAGUGGUCCAUGUUCUUUGUGUGUAACUGUGUAAGCAUGAUAAAAGGUGACACCAAAAUGGCGACAUUGGUCUUUUUAGUCUUUCUCUGCUUUUGUUCCGCUUAUGCUGUGGACAAGAUAUUCUUCGUGGACCAGAUCAAUUAUGGUAUCUACUACAGCGACAUACGACCUGGCGAACUCCUGACCAAUCAGUUCUACACACGGGCUCUCUUCGAACACAUCCGGCGACCCGGGGUCAUGACCUAUGACCCUAUGACAAACAUGGUGAUAUGGGGACAGAGGGACCCACAUAAGAUCGGCGGCGAUAUUUUGGACGGCGAGCCCUCUACGGUCACCAUCGUUCCGGGCGUCAAGCCUUUUUGUAUCGCCUUCAAUGAAGUAGAUCGGAGGAUCUACUGGUUCGGGGAGGUUUCCGGUCUACUGAAUUCUAUCCGAGUCGACGGAACCGGCAAGAUAAGACUGGCUACCUUGGCGGCACAAAUCUAUGGACUCAGCGUAGAUGGCUCAAACGGAUUUCUGUAUUUUGCUGAGGGCGAUCGGAUCGUGAGAAUGAAGGUGGAUGGUAGUGAAUCAACGGCCAUCGUCGAUACAAAUCUCGCCAAUGUGACAGCUUUUACAAGAAAUCCACAAGGUACGUCAUUUAACGAGAUAUUUUUCGGUUGGUAGUUCUACAUAAUGUGU